AUUAAACGCACUGUACGCGACCCUCAGUGUCCGCCAAGCUACCUAAAGUCAUGUGUGUGUGUUUGUGAAUAAACUGCAUGAUUUAAACACACACUAUGUAUCUUAGGUUAUAUAGACUCAUUCGAGGUUCGUGUCAGCAGAUUUUUGAGCCCUUGAAUUCAUCUGGACGGAUAAUUGGGGGAAAUGUUGGGCUUCAGCGUCCGCUGUCAAGCAAUGCCAUGCGAUUACAAGAGGCUGAUACCAAACCAGUGGAAACCAAGACGCCAUCAGCCCCUGUCAAAAGACUGAAAGAUCUCUUCCCUCCAUUCCCGGGUGAGGAGAGCUCCCUGACCUGGAACAGCAAAAAGUUUGAAGAGCUACCGAUAGCACACAUAAAAGCCACAUAUAACAACACACAUAUCCACGUCACAGAUUGUCUGGGCCAGUACAUGGUCCGAACCUCGUGUGGAUCAGAAGGUUUCAAGAAUGUGAAGAAAUCCACUCCUAUUGCAGCACAGACUGCUGGGAUUUCAGCCGCUGCAAUGUUGUCCACUUGA